UACCAGAUGCCUUUGUCUUAUAACACUCAGCUUAAAAAAAAGAGAAAUUUAAUUGUCAAUUUUGACAGGUGUUCCCGCGCAAUUAGCAUUUUUGCAGUUUUAAAUUUGGAAUUAUGAAGUGAUCGUUUUUUGUUUAUGAAUAAAAUCAGUGGUCAAAAGUAUAGUUUUUGAGGUGUGAGCUAAGUUUAUGGCAAGAACUUUAGAAGAGUUGAUAAUAUUAAAAAGGACAGCCUUAAGAUAUCUUCUGGCAAGGGAAUCGAAACUUCUAGCUUUAGGCCAAAAACCGGUGAACAAAAAAAUUGCAAACUUCGUUCGGAAAUACGAGCAUAACGAUAGUUGGUCGGGCUUUUUGGAUUCUUUUAGUGAAGAUGUUACUAGAAAUGUAAAUAUUUACGACUGGAGGUUGCAAGACGAAAGUACCUUUAAUCUGCCUAGAAGGUACCGCCUUGAUUCCAUUUCUCAAGACCUUUUGAGCAGUUUCAGAUCAAGAUUCCGAGGGGGCAGGAUGACAGACGCACCGGUAGUGACCGUGGAACAAGGUCAGCUGCAAGGCAAAGUGGUGAACAGCCCCACUGGGAAGGCGUACUACAGCUUCCAAGGGAUCCCUUAUGCUAAACCUCCUCUAGGAUCCUUGAGAUUCAAGGCACCACAACCCCCAGAGCCAUGGGACGGCAUCCGCGAAGCGACUUCCGAAGGGAGCGUAAGUGCACAAGUAGACUUCUUGGGAUCCAAACAGUUCACUGGUGACGAGAAUUGCCUCUUCUUAAACAUUUCCACCCCCAACCUAGACGGAGAGUUCCUCCCAGUAAUGGUAUUCAUCCACGGAGGUAGUUUCACGUUCGGAUCAGGCAAUUCCGACUUCUACGGAGCUGAUUAUUUAGUAGAAAAAGAUGUAGUUGUAGUUACUAUAAACUACAGGUGCGGUGUCCUUGGAUUCCUGAGUCUGAACACUCCUGAAGUGCCUGGUAAUGCAGGCAUUAAAGACAUGGUCCAAGCUAUCAGGUGGAUUAAGAAUAAUAUUCACAAUUUUGGAGGUAACAGCGGUAAUGUGACCAUUUUUGGAGAAAGCGCUGGUGGAGCGGCCGUUUCUCUGUUAACAGCUAGUCCUUUAACUAAAAACUUGAUCAGCAAGGCUAUCAUACAGUCUGGAACUGCAUUAUCAAACUGGUCCAUUCAGAGGAAUCCUCUAGAAUCUGCUAGAAACAUCGCAAAGAUCUUAGGAUGCGAGUCGACUGAUCCCGAAGAGAUUUUGGACUUCUUAAACGCUACAUCAACGAAAGACCUAGUCGAGGCCCAUCAUAAACUGAGUCCUGAGGAAGAAUUCCCGGACACAAUAAAUGCUUUUGGUUACGUCGUUGAAAAAGAGUUCCCGGGAGUCGAGGCUGUUAUAACAGAAUCGUUCUUAGACCUGUUAACAUCUGGAAGGGUCGCUGACAUCCCAAUUAUGAUCGGAUCAACAUCUUUAGAGUUUACACUAGAGAGAAAAACCGAUGAUUUGCAAGUUUUCAUCCCAGACGAGUUAAAUAUUGAAAGGAAUUCAGAGGAAUCGCUGGCGAUCGCCGAACAAAUUAAGACUUUAUACUUUAAGGGUAGUCAUACUGGGGUAGAGAGCCUUCCAGAGUAUUUCGAGCUCCUCUCAGAUGCAAUCAUCAACAUAGACACUCACAGACAUGUCCAAUACUUGAUUAAUGUAUCAAAGAAACCCAUUUACUACUAUAAGUUUGAUUAUGUAGGCGAAUUGAAUAUUUCUAACAAGAUUUUGAAUAGCUUUGGACUGAAAAGAGCGAUGCAUAUGGAUGAGUUAGGGUAUCUGUUCAAGAAUGACUUGCAGAAGGGUGUUGAACCAACUACCUUGGAUGUUAAGAUGAGGGAAAGGAUGUUAAGGCUUUGGACUAACUUCGCUAAGAGUGGAAACCCAACACCCGACGAGAACCACUACCUAACCGUCACCUGGUUGCCAGUAACCAAGGACAACCUUUACUACCUGAACUUGGGCCAAGAACUAUCUUUGGCAACCAACCCGGACAAAGAGAAAAUGGAAUUCUGGGAUCAGCUCUACAGCAAAUACUACCGCAUUUGGGAACAACCUAGAUCAAGUGCAGUAGAAACGGCUGUCAUAUAUUCUGAACCUAAAAUCGUUGAAUCCAUCUCUGAAAGUGGGACGGUAUACACUUAUUCUGAAACGACGGAAUCCCAUCACACCUUCAUAUCUGAAAGCCACGAGAUUAUAACCGAGAACAACCAAAUCAUUUCGGAAACCCACGAAGUCAUUACGGGUAAUGACGACUCCGUUCCCCAAAUACAGGAAGUCGUUACGGAAAAUAAUGAAGUCGUAACGGAAAAUAAUGAAGUCGUUUCAGAAAAGAAUGAAGUCGUUUCGGAAAAUAAUGAAGUCGUUCCGGAAAGAAACGAAGUCGAUAACGUAGUUCAUAUCAAGCCUGCUACACCCGAACCUGUUAAAAUUGAAGAUGUGGAGCCCGUUGUAACUGGGGUUGUUCAGAACGGAGAUCAGAAGCCUAAACCGAGACUUUCUAAUGAAAUUAAGAUGGUGACUCGUUCGAAUGGGGCUCCGAAAGAUGUGAUAAGGGCCAAUGACCCCCCAGAAGAUGAUUUACCUAAAAAUAUUGGCGUCAAUAAGUUUGUCAACUUCUUCGAAUCGCUUGGAGCUAAGAAGUAAGAUAGUCAUUUUCUGAUGCGUUCUUGUUUUUGGAGUGAAUUGUAAAAGCUUUUCAAAACUAAAAAAGUGAUUUUAUGUGCUGGUUUUUGGCCUUUUUGGAGUUUAUUUUGCAAAGAUAAAAUACAAUAUUCUAGAAUUCGGUUGAGACUUAAAUACAGUAACAUCUUACAUUCCAUUUUUUUGUAAAUGCUUAUAGAAAUUCCAUAGUCUCUAUUAAGACAUUUAUAAAAUUUCUGGCAGUGCCAAAAUUUAUUAUUUUACAUACUUAAAUGUAAGAAAGUAAAAUUGCAUUUAUUUAAGACUGAAAAUGAAACAUAAUAAAAGACAGUUCAGCUUUUUCAAAAUCUAAGGCCAAAACUGACUCAAAAAUAAUUCACUCCAAAAAUUGAAUGUAUCAUUUAGUCUGUAGAUAUUAGUCACUAAAAUAGUUUCUAAUUAACAGUAUUUAUUUACAUUCCAUUCAAAUAUUUUCUUAAGAAUAAAUAUUUCUUUCUGUAACCAUAUUUGAAUGUUCGUAUUUGUAGAAAACUUACUUUUAAAUUAUUGAUUCAUAAAUCAUUAUGUAUUUGAAAUUGUUGAUUUAUUUUUUCAUCUAGUAUAGUUAUCGGCACGAAUCUUGAGCUCUGACCUACAUCUGCGCAGAAGUGUUUUAUUAGCAAAGAACCAAUCCCGAGUGACGGCUAUGACGCGAUGCGCUGCGGGCCAAUCACCGCUUUAGCCCGCCCCCGCGCCACACUUCAUACCACAAAAGGGACUAUAAUAAUAAAUUACUUCUGCGCAGAUGUAGGUCAGAGCUCAAGAUUCGUGCCAAUAACUAUAUUUGUAUUAAAAAUCUGAAUAACUAAUACUUUAAAAUAUCAAGAUCUAAAACCGAGAUUCCACCAGUGUGUAGCACUGUAACGCACCCAAAUGUAUCUUCUGGUGUACUCGCUCUAGCAAACAGUAACACAUUGCGUGCGAACAUUUCUAUAAUGUCCGCGAAACUGCAACCGCGCCGCGCGAACACAUGCUAGCUGUGGACUCGCGACAUAGCGUACAUAUUUUUGGUGGAAAAGUAAUAAAUAAAAAUCACUAUUUACUAUAUAAAAAGUUAAUAUCUUGUCUUCCUAAAGGUUGUAUAAUAUUAUAAUAUAACAUACUCUAUGUAUUUAUAAUUAUAUUGUUGAAAAUCCCAAUCAUUAUUAUCAUACAUACCUAAGUUAAGAGUUAAAAACUUCUUUUUCUACACAUUUUUUGCAAUAUUUAUAUGCCAUAAUUUUAUUAAUUUUCAAUCAAUUUAGUCAUUUACAUUUUUGAGGAUAUUUAAGACUUAAUUAUUGAACUAGGAUAGAUUAAGCAGACAAUUUGUAUUUUGAGUUUAAAAAUAUCAUAUUCUAUCCUUUUUUUCACCGUUUACCUUCUUCCCGUACCGGGAUAAAAUAUUACCUAUGUCACCCGGGGAUAAUAUGUAAUCGCGCUACGAGAGUGAAGGAAUAGUGAGUGCACCUGUGUCCAAGCAAAUGUAUGCACUAUAAUAUGUCCUGCGCAGCUGACUGAUCUUAUAUGAGAACAGCCGCCGUGGCCGAAAUCGGCCGUGGAUGCCAUUACAUGGUACAAUGAAAUAUAAGCAUUGUAUGUAGAUAGGCAUGAUAUUUUAUCUACUCCUACAAUAAAAUUGUCUGCUUAUCAUAUAUUUUUGCGGUUCAUAAUGUACUUAGGUAUGUGAAAUUGUUUUUUAAAUUAUUAACGUUUACCUAUUUACUUAUUUUAGUCAGUUUAUUAGUCGUAUUUUACUUUUUUUUGUUUUAUAAUUAAGUCUGCAAUAUCUAUUAAGGAAUUUAAUUCAUAAUAAGUGUAUUGAGCGGAGAAAAAAUUGCUCAAAAAAUAAAUUGUAAUAUUUGCUAUAAUAAAAAAAAAUAACUAGCUCAAAAAUAUUCAUUGUUUUCAAUUCUUUACUUUUUUAAUUUGGCCUGAAAAACUUUCGGACAUAGUCUGGAGUUAAAAAAUGUUUUUGCAAUUUUAUUUAUUUUUGUUUCUUUUUUUCGAAAUUAUUUUUAUAUCUAUAGUGUAGAUAUUAUGUGCCAAUAUAAUUGUUAGUCUUCAUAAUUUCCAUUUUUAAUUAUAAUGAAUAGAAUUAGAAUUAUAUUUUUGUAUAAUUAUUAUGCGUAAAUAAAAUAUGUUAUAUAAUU